GUCAUUAAAUUCACCAUGUUAUACACCGCUCUCCUUGCGGCUUUUGCAGCUCACGCCGCUGCUGUCGGUGUUUCUGGUUCGGCCGAGGGUUUCGCGAAGGGCGUCACCGGUGGUGGCUCUGCGACGCCUGUCUAUCCUUCUUCGACUAGUGAGCUGGUCUCAUACCUCGGGGAUAGCGAGCCCCGAGUAAUUGUCCUGUCAAAGACCUUCGACUUCACCGGCACCGAAGGAAAAGCUACGGCCACUGGAUGUGCGCCUUGGGGCACUGCCCCCGGAUGCCAGAAAGCGAUCAACCAGAACGAUUGGUGCUCGAACUACGAGUCGAGUGCUCCGGCUGUCUCUGUUACCUAUGACAAGGCUGGUGUUGAGGGUAUCACCGUCGCUUCCGACAAGACCAUUCUUGGUGUGGGCUCGAGCGGUGUCAUCAAGGGCAAGGGUCUUCGUCUUGCCAACGGGGUCUCCAAUGUCAUAAUCCAGAACAUUGCUAUCACCGAUAUCAACCCCGAGUACGUCUGGGGCGGAGAUGCCAUCACUCUCGCUGGGACGGACAUGAUCUGGAUCGACCACGUUACUACUGCCCGUAUUGGUCGCCAGCACAUCGUUCUCGGCACCAAUGCCUCCCGACGCGUGACCAUCUCCAACAACUUCAUUAAUGGCGAGACCGAGUACUCCGCAACCUGCGACGGAUACACCUACUGGGCCAUCUACCUCGACGGCUCCAGCGACCUGGUCACUCUCAAGGGCAACUACAUCUACAAGACCAGUGGCCGUAGCCCCAAGGUCCAGGGCAACACUCUUCUGCAUGCCGUCAACAACUACUGGGACAACAACAGCGGCCACGCCUUCGAGAUCGGCACAGGCGGCUACGUCCUCGCCGAGGGCAAUGCGUUCUCGGACAUCAAUACCCCCGUCGAGUCGCCCGUUGACGGGCAGCUCUUCACUUCGAACAGCGGCAGCACCGGCGCCUGCAGUGCUUACCUGGGCCGUACUUGUCAGGUGAACAGCCUUUCGGGCUCUGGAGCUUUCAGCCGGAGUGAUGAGGGAUUCUUGGUGAACUUCAAGGGCAAGAACAUCGCCUCUGCUACUUCAGCUAGUCAGGUUGCUUCCAGUGUUAAGGCCAAUGCUGGACAGGGCAGACUGUAG